AUGUUUUCCACAGUCAGCCACGACCUUCAUCGAUCCCGCCGCGCUGUUAUCAGUCAUCUUUUCACGAGAAGGGCUGUUGUCAAUUCUGAAUCUAUAAUACAAGACAAGAUCAGCAAGUUGUCUUCACGUCUGGAUUCUAUUCAGCGGGUAGGCGCCAUCGUCAGCCUCAAAGCAGCUUUUGGGGCACUUGUUAGUGACAUACUCGGGCAGUACUUGUAUGCGGAGGAUCUUCACUAUCUGGACGAUCCCAAGUUCAAGAAUGAUUCGAUGGCCUCAGCUAAUGAAUUAGCGGCGAAAAUCCAUGUCUUUCGUUACUUGCCAUUUCUUGUUACACUCUUCAGGAGCGUUCCAUUAACACUUCUGCGCUCAGUCCACUCGGUCUCAGACUUGGUUGACUUCAAGCUCUGGCUCCGGCAGCAAGCCCAGGACGCAAUCCACCACAAGGACAGAUCAACAAUGGCCAGCGGUCCCGUCUUUGCUGCUCUACUGAGCGGCAACGGACCUGCAGAAGAGAAAUCGCUAGAGCGGUUGGAAGAUGAGUCUUUCGUCUUAAUUGUAGCCGGUGAUUCGAUUUCCCAGACCCUAUCUGUGGCACUCUUCCACCUGUUGAAAAACAAGCAGCUGGCGCAGACUCUACGAGAAGAGCUAAAGCAGGUAAUACCAACGCCUACCUACCAGGCGAAAUGGUCGGAACUGGAGAAAUUGCCGUACUUGACGCCGGUUGGACAAUCCGACUAUUUCGUCCACCAGGACCCCGCAGUCUUCCCCGAUCCAGAUACAUUUGAUCCUGAUCGUUGGAUUCGUGCCGGAAAAGAGAAUGUCAACUUGAAGUCAUUUCUUGUUGCCUUCUCUAAAGGCAGUAGGAAGUGCAUCGGAAUCAAUCUGGCCUAUGCGGUACUCUAUCUGACCGUAGCCACCUUGAUACGCCGCUACGACAUGGAAUUAUACGAUGCCACGGAAGAUGAAAUUCGAACAGCCCGGGACUUUCUGCUUUCACGCCCUGAAAAGGGCCACGCGACUGUUAAUGUAGUUGUCAAGGAUAUCUUGACCACAUGA